AUGGCCGAGUUCGAGGGCACGUGGAAAUUAGUGUCUAGCGAAGGCUGGGACGAUUACAUGAAGACGGUCGGCGUCGGCUACUUGGCCCGGGUCGCCGCACGAAAUACGCCAGUCACGCUGCAUAUUACCGUUACGGGCAACGAUGUCGUCGUACGCAGCCAGUCCGUGUUCAAGAACUUCACGCUACGCUUCAAAAUUGGCGAGGAGUUUGACGAGACCACCAUCGACGGGCGCCACUUCCGCACCGUUUUCAACUUUGUCGACGGCCAUUUGAUUCAAGAGCAGCGGGCGAUUGAGGAAAAAGACGUCGACUCCCGCAUCGAGCGAUGGCUGAAAGACGGUCAACUCUACACCCAAUUGACGGCCGGCAAGUCGAAGUGCCUGCGCGUGUUCGAUCGAAUCGAAAAC